UCUUUGUUCGCUCCGGUCUAGGAACCCCGCGAACUCGAUCCGCCAACGUUCUCUUAAGGUUUAUCGAUAACCAGAGACUCCGACAUCACAAUGGCCUCCAACACUGCUUCCGGCGCUGUUGAUCAGCUUGCCAACGAGCUAAGCAACACUUCCCUCAACGCCAGCGGCGAUGCCAAGGCCCCUGUCAUCGACACCGCUGUCGCUGCUGGCGCCUCUGAGGAUGCCGGCGCUCCUACCCCCAGCUCCGCCGCCCCUCACCCCCAGAACUCGGCCUCCCUCUACGUCGGCGAGCUCGAUCCCUCCGUUACCGAGGCCAUGCUUUUCGAGCUAUUCUCCCAGAUCGGUGCCGUUGCCUCUAUCCGUGUGUGCCGUGACGCCGUCACCCGCCGCUCUCUCGGUUACGCCUACGUCAACUACAACGCCACCCCCGACGGUGAGAAGGCUCUCGAGGAGCUCAACUACACUCUCAUCAAGGGUCGCCCCUGCCGCAUCAUGUGGUCGCAACGUGACCCCGCUCUGCGCAAGACUGGCCAGGGUAACGUUUUCAUCAAGAACUUGGAUGUCGCCAUUGACAACAAGGCACUGCACGACACCUUUGCCGCCUUUGGCAACAUUUUGAGCUGCAAGGUCGCUCAGGACGAGACCGGUGCCUCCAAGGGCUACGGCUUUGUUCACUACGAGACUGACGAGGCUGCUCUUCAGGCCAUCAAGCAUGUCAAUGGCAUGCUUCUGAACGAGAAGAAGGUCUACGUCGGUCACCAUAUCCCCAAGAAGGACCGCCAGAGCAAGUUCGAGGAGAUGAAGGCCAACUUCACCAAUGUCUACGUCAAGAACAUCCAGAGCGAGGUCUCCGACGACGACUUCCGUGAGUUGUUCGAGGCUUUCGGUGAGGUCACCUCAUCGUCCCUGGCUCGUGACCAGGAGGGCAAGAGCCGUGGUUUCGGCUUUGUCAACUUCACCACCCACGAGGCCGCCUCCAAGGCCGUCGAUGACCUUAACAACAAGGACUUCCGUGGUCAGGACCUUUAUGUUGGCCGUGCCCAGAAGAAGCACGAGCGUGAGGAGGAGCUCCGCAAGUCUUAUGAGGCUGCUCGCCUGGAGAAGGCCAACAAGUACCAGGGUGUCAACCUGUACAUUAAGAACCUGGAUGAUGAUGUUGAUGAUGAGAAGCUCCGCCUGAUGUUCUCCGAGUUCGGUCCCAUUACCUCUGCCAAGGUGAUGCGAGACACCCCCACCGAGGGUGACGAGGAGUCCAAGGAGGACGCCGAGGAGAAGGACAAGGAGAACAAGCCUGAGGAGGAGGUCCCCGAGGCUGAGGCCGGCGAGGAGAGCGCCGAGAAGAAGGUUGAGAGGAAGGGCGACAAGAAGCUCGGUAAGAGCAAGGGCUUCGGCUUCGUCUGCUUUAGCAACCCCGACGAUGCCACCAAGGCCGUUGCCGAGAUGAACCAGCGCAUGGUCAACAACAAGCCCCUCUACGUCGCCCUGGCCCAGCGCAAGGACGUUCGCAAGAGCCAACUCGAGGCCAGCAUCCAGGCCCGCAACCAGCUGCGCAUGCAGCAGGCCGCCGCCGCUGCCGGUAUGCCCCAGCAGUACAUGCAACCCCCCGUUUUCUACGCCCCUGGCCAACAGCCCAACUUCAUGCCCCAGGCUGGCCGUGGCAUGCCCUUCCCCCAGCCUGGCAUGGGAAUGCCCGGUGUCCAGGGCGGCCGUCCCGGCCAGUUCCCCGGCUAUCCUCAGCAGGGUGGUCGCGGCGGUGUCCCCCAGCAGAUGCCUCCCAACAUGUACGGCAUGCCCGGCCAGUUCCCUCCCCAGUACGGCCAGCCCGGUACUCCUCAGUUCAUGGCUGCUAUGCAGCAGGCCCAACAAGCUGCCCUUGCUGGUGGCCGUGGUGCUCCUCAGGGCGGCCGUGGCGGUCCUCAGGGCGUCAUGCCCGGUGGCCCCCCUAACAUGCCCGGUGUCCAAGGCGGCAUGCCCGGUUUCCCCCCUAACAACCGACAGCAGGGUGCUGGACGCGGUGGCCCCAACGUUGCCCGUAACGGCGGCGCUCCUCAGGCCGGUCGUGUUGAGGGUGCUCCCUCCAGUGUGCUCCAGACCCAGCUUGCUGCCGCCCCUCCUGCCCAGCAGAAGCAGAUCCUGGGUGAAAUGAUCUUCCCCAAGAUCCAGGCCAUCAACGCUGAGCUUGCCGGCAAGAUCACGGGUAUGCUUUUGGAGAUGGACAACACCGAGCUCGUCAACCUCAUCGAGGAUGACUCUGCUCUCAAGGCCAAGGUCGACGAGGCUCUUGCCGUCUACGACGAGUACGUCAAGGCCCAAGGCGACGGCCCCGAGGGCGCUGAGCCCAAGAAGGAGGAGGAGACCAAGGCUUAAGUCUGGUCUUGAUCUCUCCUGGUCUCAAUAUUUCCUUUGUCACGGUUACAUGACUGAUCGACCCCCUCACCCUGGAGCGACAUACGCCUCGAAGGCGUUAUGGAUCAGUCAGGCAAACAUCAUUUACUACUUGAUACCAACGAUCGAGGAGGUACAUUAUGUACAGAUAGACUUGGUUGCUAUUUCUUCUCAGGAGGGAGAAACAAAAGUUUAGGGGGUUUUACGGUGGUUGGCUUUUUGACGCGCUCCGUUGAGAUCGACGGCUGCGGCGGCUUAUGAUUAAGAGAACCCACCAGGAAGGCGUUGAAGGUUUUCUGAUACUCUGCCUGUUGGCCUAUACCCCCAACGAUGGUCUUCGUGUUGCAGGCAUGAUCAAC